CCUCCAUCUCCCAGCUGCACGCCCGCACAUCCACCUAGCAGUCCGGUGCCGGCGAGCGGCUGUUCAGCCUACGCACCUCGACGCGCCGCCUCGUCCGCGCCCACGCUCUGACUCCACGCCUCUGCGCUCUGCCUUUGCCGCGCAUUGAACGCCGCGCUGCCCGCCAUGUCUGGCGCGUCUGCCUCGACGUCGGCGUCGGGCGCGACCUCCUCGCCCGCCACGUCUGCCUCCACGCACACGCCCAGCGCUGCCGCAUCAUCCUCGGCAGCGCAGGCGCGUCCAGUCAAGCGGCCAGCCUCGCCCUCCGCCUCGCCGGCGUCGAGCAGCGCCGCGGCGUCGUCGUCGCGCGGCGCAGACGAGAAGAGCAAGGCGCGCCGCCGCCGCAAGGUCACCACUGCAUGCAUCUACUGCCGCCGCAGCCACAUGACAUGCGAGGAGGCAAGACCCUGCUCCCGCUGCAUCAAGCGUGACAUUGGCCAUCUCUGCCACGACGAGUCGACGCUGCCGUCUAGCUCGCAUUCAGACACGCCCAAGGGCUUGGCUGCCGCACCUGCCGCGCCUGCAGCAUCACCGCCGCGCCCACAGCCUGCCUCUACGUCCGCGGCACCUGCUGCUGCGCCAUUGAGCAGCAACGCAGGCGGCACAUUUGGCUCGCCUCCGCGGCAAUGGGCGCAGCCGAGCUCAGCACCGCCGCCGGCCUCUGCUGCGCCGGGUCAGACCUGGAACUGGGCGCCGGCGCUCGGCGGUGCCAGCUUUCUUGGCUUGGGCGGCGGCGCCAACGGCCGGUUCGAUAGCUUUGGCGGCGGCGGCGGUGAUGCGGCAGGCGGCUUGGAGUUCAGCAUCCUCAGCGAGUUCCUCGAGUCGCUCGACGGGCCUCUGCUGCCCUCUUCGGCUGAGCCGACGAGCGGAGCACCUGCACUCACGCCGCACUCGAUGUGGAGCACCGAUGCGCAGACGAACGGCGAGAGCGGGCGCAGCGGCGAGAGUUCGGCGCUGGCUGCGACGGGUCAACAGGCAGCGCGGCUCUUCGACGCUGCCCUGGGCAACUCGGCUGCUGGUGCAGGGAGCAGCACGCAGGCAGCGCCGGCCGACUCUGAGGCUGGUCGUACCGGCGUCGUCUCGGCCACGCCUGCCGCCGCGCCCGGCGCCUACGGCCCAGCGCUGCGCCACUUCUCGACAUCGACCAAGGCCGAGAAAUUCUUUCUCACUGCAGCGGACCAGAAUGACGGCACGCGUGACGAGCGUCUCGCAAAGGUCAUUCAGGCCAAGUAUGACGCGGGCCUCUUGCGGCCCUACAACCCUGUCAAUGGAUAUGCAAGACUCAAUCGCUGGAUGGAGCAAAAUGUGUCUCAAGCUUCGCGUCGGCGCAUUCUGAAGUCGCUGUCUGUCUUCCGGCCUGCCUUCCGAGCAGUGGCACAGUCCCUCACGAACAUCGACUUGAUCUUCAUCGAGGAGGCGUUCGAGCGCUUGCUGCUCGACUACGACCGCGUCUUCAGCACGCAAGGCAUCCCGGCAUGUCUGUGGCGCCGCACGGGAGAGAUCUACAAGGGCAAUCGCGAGUUCGCCGAGCUUGUUGGCGUCGGCAUCGAACAGCUGCGCGAGGGCAGACUGUGCAUCUACGAGCUCAUGGAGGAGGAGAGUGCCGUGAACUACUGGGAGAAAUACGGCGCCGUCUCCUUCGACGCAGGACAGAAGGCCGUCUUGACAUCCUGCGUGCUCAAGGUCCGGAGCAGCAGCAGUGCUGCCACCAAUGCGGCUUUGCGCGCCGCUGCGCGCGGCGCUGUCGUUGGCGAUAGCGUUGCGUCCGGCGGCGGUGGUGCCACGGCGGCGGCAGUCGCUGCACAGCUGCCGUGGAGUCGCAACGGCAGCAUCAGCACGUCCGGGUACAACACACCCGCUGUCGCUGCUGCUGCCACCGCUGCUGGAGCUGCUGCACCCAGCAAUGGCGCCAGCAAGCGCGGCGUGCCGCUUUCCAGCGAGAUGCGCGACGCCGCCGCCGCCGCCAUGGCCGGCGCCGCGGGCUCGGCGAGCCCGCCGCUGGCGGCCGCUCGCACCGCGACUGCGCCUCUCAGCGGUGCCGAGACACCAGCCGCUCGUGCUGGAGCUGGCGCGGUUGACGACGACGAGGAAGGCGUGCGCCGCAUCACCUGCUGCUUCUCGUUCACGAUCCGCCGCGACGCAUGGAACAUACCCACCCUCGUCGCCGGCAACUUCAUCCCGAUCACGCGCGCCGGCGCCUGACGGCCGCGACGACGGCCAACGUUCGCCUUCACUGCCAGCAUCACUCGCUUCUCACUGCGAUCGCGACUUACUUCCUUCCACUGCGGAGCGCUUCCGUCACUACUCCAGGACCUCGACAGCCUUCAGCCUAUGUGCCUGUACUCUACUCCACGUCACGCAACGCAUCGCAUCAACUGCAGCUGCGGCAUGGCGCAGGCGCCUGCCGCAUGACUGGCCCAGUUGACAGAGAGGUGAGGUAAGGGGUAUCACCAU